CCAUGGUGAAGGGUGAGGUCAAGGUCGCGUAUCAAGGCAUGCCUGGCGCCUACUCGGAGAAGGCGACGCGCCAGCUGCUAGGCUCGUCAACCAACGUCGUGGCUGUGGGGUAUCCGUCCUUCGAAGAGGCCUUCCUGGCCGUAGAGCGCGAGGAAGCAGACUUUGGCAUGUUGCCCAUCGAGAACUCACUAGGCGGUAGUAUCCACGCCAACUACGAUCUGCUGCUCAAGUUCGGACUGCACAUUGUGGGCGAGUACGACCUGCGUGUGGAGCACUCGCUACUGGCGCUACCAGGCGUGAAGAAGAGCGACAUCAAGACGGUCAUCAGCCACCCACAGGCAUUGGCUCAGUGCGCCCACACCAUCGCAUCUAUGGGCGCCAAGCCGCGCGCUGAAUAUGACACGGCCGGUAGCGCCAAGAUGCUGGCAGACAACCAGUGGAAGGACACCGCCGCCGUGGCCAGCGACCUAGCCGCCGAAUACUACGGUCUCCAAGUGCUGCAACGCAAUGUUGAGGACGACGCAGGCAACUUCACCCGCUUCCUGCUGCUGAGUAAAAAGGGCCUGGACGCUAAGGCGGACACGGAGUUUAAGACGUCGCUCGUCUUCUCCUUCAUGAACAGCAACGAGAAGGGUCAGCUGUACAAGGCGUUGUCUGCCUUCUCGCUACGAGACAUUGACAUGUCUAAGAUUGAGAGUAGACCAUGGGGACACACGGCCGAGCAGCAAUACCAAGAUACAGUACAGUCCGAGGACUUUUCACUGUCGGCCGAGAGCGUCCGCAGGAAAUACAGCUACCUGUUCUACGUGGAUCUCAUCGGCCACCAGACAGACGAGAACGUCAUCAAUGCUCUGCGUCACUUACGCGAGUUCUGCAAGUUUGUGCGCGUGCUGGGAUCGUACCCGACCAAAGGAAAGUUACUGGGCGAGGUGCGUAAGACGCUGGAAGCCGUCGGCGCGUACCAGGCCAAUCCGGUCACGGCUUCACCGGCUAUCACAUCGCAGCAGCCCAUGGCCGAGCGCUUGAAUAUCGGAAUCUAUGGCUUCGGCAACUUUGGCCAGUUCCUGGCCAAGACGAUGGCCAAGACCCACGAGGUGCGGGCCACCUCCAGGACGGACUACUCUGCUGUUGCAACGGAGCUCGGAUGCAAAUACUACUCGUCAACGACGCAGCUCGAGCAAUUCUUCGACGGCCUGGACGUUCUUCUACUGGGUGUCAGUAUCUUGUCGUUUGAGAGUGUAUUGAGCAAGAUCCCCAAGCAGUUUCUGGAAAAGCUUGUGAUUGUGGACGUGCUGUCUGUGAAGACCCACCCGAAGCAGAUUAUGCUCCGAGACCUUCCUCAGAGUGCAAGUAUCUUGUGUACGCACCCGAUGUUUGGCCCCGAAAGUGGCAAAUACUCGUGGAGAGGCCUACCGAUGAUGCAUGAGAAGGUGCGGAUCCUCUCGGGAGAGCACAACCACGUGAUGGACAAUUUCCUGCGCGUUUUCGAGACGGAGCAGUGUCGAAUGCUGGAAAUGACGUGCGAGUCGCACGACGAAUACGCUGCGAGCAGCCAGUUCUUGACGCACUUGACCGGUCGAAUUCUUAGUGUACAGGGCGUAAAGAACACGCCUAUCGACACUCGUGGGUUCAAGAAUCUCGUUCGACUUGUGGAAGACACGUGCAAGGACAGCUUCGACCUGUUCCAGGGUCUCUACAAGUUCAACCCCAACUCCGAGCAGCAGAUCCAGAAGUUCCGUGAAUCAUUGGCCGAAGUCACGCACAAACUCGGCAACAAGCCUGUCGCCACGUCUACUGUUCGUGAGGAGGCUCCGAUGACUGAGAAGUACCCGCAGAACCCGCUGCUGGGCAAGAUUGCGGCGUCCAAGACGGUGGUGAUCCAUGGAAUGGCGAAGCAGCUGGAGGCCGAGGGCAAGCAGGUGUGGUCGCUGUGUGUGGGCGAGCCCGACUUCGCCCCCGCCGAGCGCGUGCUGCAGGCUGGUAUGACUGCCAUGGAACAGGGUAAGGUGAAGUACACGGACGUGAAGGGCACGGCCGAGCUGCGUACGUUGAUAGCGCAGUAUCUGGAGACGUGCAAGGGUCUAAAAUACGAUCCGUUGACGGAGAUUCUGGUGUCGAACGGCGCGAAGCAGACAGUGUACCAGGCUCUGCUGACGAUCACGAAGCCGGGCGAGCAAGUUUUGAUCCCAGCGCCGUACUGGACGAAGCUGUCGGAGAACUACUUGAUCGACCCGGUGGAGCUGGAGAAGGCGCUAGUGGCCAACCCGCGCAUUAAGUCGAUGAUGCUGUGCAACCCGAGUAACCCUGCUGGCACGGUGCACUCGCCGGCGCAGCUGGAGAGCAUCGCUGCGGUUUUACGUAAGCCUCAGUUCCGUCACAUCCUGGUGGUCGCCGAUGAGAUCUACGAGCAGUUGGUGUACCAGGACGAGGGUGAGGCGAAGCGUGAGCACCAGAGCUUCGCGACACUACCGGGCAUGUACGAGCGCACGCUAACGGUGAACGGAUUCUCGAAGUCGCACGCGAUGCCGGGUCUGCGUAUCGGGUACCUGGCUGCACCCAAGUACUUCGUCCAGAUGUGCACGAAGCUGCAAGGUCAGCUGACGUCGUGUGCGAGUUCGGUGGGCCAGGCCGCUGCCGUGGAGGCGAUGAAAUUCGAGAUGGAGUGUGUGUCGCAGAACAAGGAGCGUAUGACGGAGACGCUGGCGAUCAUGGACGGGAAGCGCAAGUACAUCGUAAAGCGUCUGCAGGCGAUCCCGCAGCUGGAAUUCGCGUACCCUACUUCAGCGUUCUACGUGUUCCUGGAUCUGGCGUCGUAUUUCGAGGGCAAGCAAGGCGUGACGGCGGAUAAGAGCGAGGUAGUGAAGGACGCGGACGAUUUUUGUGAGUACCUGUUGCGCCACUACUACGUGGCCUUGGUUCCGGGCUCGGCGUUCGGCGUGAAGAACGGUCUGCGUAUCUCGUACGCUAGCUCAAUGGAGACGAUCGAGCACGCUCUGGACGGACUGGAGCAGUCACUGAGCGCGCUGACGUUUGAAUAGAUUGCUGCUGAGCUAAUAACAAGCAGCCAGCA